CUUUGAGCUCGUUUGUCUUCUCGGUCGCUCGCGACAUGAAAGCAUAUCUUUAAACAAACGCCCAUACUUAACGAACCAUGUACUACACCUGACUGGGACCAUGUGGAAGUUGCAUACCGAUACAUGGCUACAGCGAUGAGUGCGGACGAACAAUCUCCUGUGGCCUCCGAGCCCUUACAGCUGGCACCCACCCCUAUCGCGGAACUUUCGCCAACGGUCGAGCACCUGUCAGAUAGCUGCAUACACGCCGUGGUUACUUUAUUAUGGCCUUACUCAUCGUCGACAAAGUCACUGAGCCUUUUGUUGGCAGACCCGGACGUUCGUCUCCGCCGGUUGAAUGGACAAGUGAAGGUGGUCUUUCAUGGGGUCAUCGCAGAAAAUGUCGCAAAGUCACAGGUCGGAAUUGGUGACGUCGUCCGUCUUGGGCUGGCUGGCUCAAGGUUUGUGAGCAAGGAGACGGACGCCCAAACGCCUGGGAAAUGGGUCGCGUGGGAUGUGCAUUUUGACGAUCGUGUAUUCUUGGAGAUUUCGCGUUCCUCCAAGCAUCUAGCAACCGUGAGGGUCGAUCCUCCAUCUCCUGCGCCAGCCGAAGAAGCUACCCCGAGUACACCGCCGCCCUUACCCGCGAUCACCAACGGCUAUACCCCCAGUGGACCUGCUAUAUCAACCAUGGGGCUCGGCGCCUGGCAAUCUCCAGCAUUUGCGGGACGUUCACGGAAAUCAUAUGGGGGCCUAGUCGAUUCGGCUUUUGAUCCUUUCGCAGAGGAGGAUGGGUUCGUCCCAGGGAAAGGAAGGAAGCGAACCAGGUUCAGCAUGCACAAUAGUGACUGGCGCUUGAUUGACGAACCUGAAAGCCCAGGCGAGAAAAACGUCCCGGCAGACUGGGCGUGGAUCUUUGAUGAGGAGGCUAUAUCAGAUACUGAGGAACAGGCUACUGGUGAAAGUGACCAGAAACCUUUCGAGACAGCACAGGCCCAAACGCAGCCCGACGUGGAGGCUGAACCGCAAGCGGAUAGUGAUGCAGACUUGGAUACGGUUAUGGAAGAUGGACCCCCGGUGGUCUUUGAGCAUAAUCGAGAGCAACAAGUUGAUCACCACGAGAAAGAUCAUCACGCACAGCAACCACCCCCCGGUAUCGGCCAGCAUGUUGAACGCUUUCGCCUAUUCCAUGAGCCGCGCCAUUUCGGUUCUGCUGCCCAUCAACCGACAGAUACACCACACCUAUAUCCUAUUCCGUCCCCUGGUCUACCUAUCCCAUCGCCGUUGGUCACCACCUCCAACAACUCACUAGGAUAUUUUGCCUCUAUCGCGGCGGGCGUACAGUCGCAGUCUCAGAGGCCCGCCGCAACAGGUUUCGAAUCUAGACCACCAGAAAAUAACGACCUUUUUGGGGCUGUCACAGAACCUGCGCCUAAUACGGUUGACGAUCAUGCUAAUAUACCCCCAACCUUCGCAAGCACGAAAGUUACAUCGGAAUCGGUAUCGCAAUCGGUCGACUCAGCUGUACUAAGCACUUCCGAUGCAUACGUCGAACAGAAGGAAUUAGUACAAGAAACUGAGAACGAUAUAGAGGACGACGAAUCAGCAUCGUUUAUUGUCGAGAGCACGGUGAAAACUGAGGUCCGUGUGGACGAGGCAAGCCAACAAGGAAGCGUGGAAGAGGAUGAGGAAGAUAGCGAGGUAUAUGAUGAAGAUGAGCUAGAAGGAUCGGAAGAGGAAUCGCAGUUGGAAGCAAGCGAAGACGAGAACUUACAAUAUGAUGUCCCCGAAUCUGAAUCUGAAUCGGAGGAAAAGGAUCUCACCGAGGACUCCUACCCCGAACGCGUGCCGGCCGACAGUGGGCAUGGUCCUUUUGAAUAUUUGAAAACCGGACAUAUUCCUCAAGAUAUCGCCGAAAUCGAAUCGAAGCGCAGAACACGCUCGCCAGUGGCAACGACUGGUCCUUCUGCGGGCGAACGCGGAUACUCAGCUGAUGAUACCAGAGAUGAGCAGCGACAUUACGACCAAUACGACGACAGCGAAGGCGAAGAUGGCGAAGAUGAGGAUGACGAAGGUGAAGAUGAGGACGAGGACGAGGACGAGGACGAGGAUGACAAGGACGAAAAAGUCGGCUUAUUCGAUGACGAAGAUGCCGUAGAGGAAUCCGACGGAUACGAUGAACAAUCCGGCGAAAUGGUUGAAUAUGACAGCGAGUCGGAUGGCAUGUCUCAUGAAGGCCUUGGCCAACAACAACAACCAACUCCUAAACCAGCACAGACGGAAGUCAUCGUCUUGGAUAGCGACAGCGAAGACGAACCUGCACCUUCGUACUCCCCAGAAGUGAGAAGACAAGAACAGCCAAUCCCGGAUACCGACAGAAUGCGAGGUCCAGAAAGAUCCGAGGAUGAAGGCUCAGCCUCUGACGAAAUGCCAGACGAUCUCGAGACCGGGGACUCCUCUGAGGUCGAGGAAUCAUCGGAGGCAGAGGAAGAAGGAGCAUCAGGCAGCGAUAUGGAGGACCAAGAGGCAGGCAGUGAAAUGGAGGGCGUCGAAGUGGGAUAUGAAGAAGAGGAAGAUGGGGUGAUAGAAGUUGAGGAAGAAGACCAGUCCGAAGGCGAGCAAUCACAAACGGAUGAAAUUGGGCAUGAGGGCGCCGAGCAUGCUGAAGUAAAAGAAAGCAUGGACGAUGACGCCCGCGAAGUCCCGCAACCGGUAGCUACUCAGCAGGAGACCCGGCAGGAAGACACCCGGCAGGAGGAUAUCCAGCAGGAGGAUAUCCCGGACGUCCCGCAGGACGACUCACGGCAAGAAGAGCCCCAGGCGGAAGGCAUCCUGGAACAAAGCAUCCUGGAAGAAAGCAUCCGUGAGGAAAGCGUCCGGGAGGAAAGCAUCCGGGAGGAAAGCAUCCGGGAGGAAAGCAUCCGGGAGGAAAGCAUCCGGGAGGAAAGCAUCAGGGGAGAGGAUGUUCAACGGGAAGACCAGGACGAUGUUCAUUUGGAAGGUGUCCAGCAAAAGAACGCCCAGGAAGAGAACAUCCAGCAAGACAACGACCAGGAAGAGAUCCCGGGUGAAGAUGCUGAGGGCUCAGAACCACAAGUUCAAGCAGCCAACGAUGACGAUGCGGAAAUUGCCGAAUUCCAUAUGGAUCAAGAAACCGAAAGGACACGAAUGUCCAUGUCACCACAAGGACCUUCCAAUCUGGAUGGACAAGGGCCGGAACCUCUCGAUGUUUUGAACACAGCAGAAGACACAACAUCACUGCAGAGUCCAGGACCGGCCUUUUAUGAUGCCGAUUCGGGUAUUUUGCCAACAAUCCACCAGCCUUACCCAACUCAUUCUUCUAGUGCUCCAGAUAGCUUUGGACUAGCUAUCGACCCAGCGCUGGAAGGGCUAGGGCCUGUUCAAGGGACUAUGGACGUUGAUGCAGUUCAAGACUCCCAUGAGUACCAAGAUGCGCCAAGCCAGGAAGAAAACCACGUUGGGGAUUCAACUCGACAAGAUGAUAACGCUGCUUUGUCUGCGAACGGAUCAACCUCAGAGCCUGGUCAUCCUGAUUUUCUCAGCAAAUCGCCCGAUCACUCCAACAUCCAAAUGCCGUUGACUCCGGAACUUUCCCAAUUAUCGAAACCUGACGCACAAUCUCCUACGCAAGUGUCUGCAGACGCCAUUAGACCCACGCCUGACGAUACACAAAAGCCAGCUCCACCGAUCGAAACGCUGCCCCGUGAACCGUCUUUGCAUCAAGAACCGACUGGAGUGAAAGCGGAAGACUCUGAGACCAGUACCUUGAUCCAUGAUGCUGAAAUUCCUGCUCAGGAUGAAGCGGAUACGUACCAUAGUCCUAGGGAGCAUCAAAGUCCCGACACAGAUUCACAUGACGAUUACGAGUCCAUACACUCGUUAGACAAUGUUGAUCUGGUUGACAUGAACCGCCAUACCCCUCGUCACCACCGCAAGCGCGCUCACUUUGCUUCCCUGGCAAGUCUUGUCGACCGCGACAAUACCUUAACAGACACGAUCUCGAUCGCAACGGAGGUUUAUCCGGUGACCCGCGCCACCUCAGGCACGAAAGACUUCUUGCUGGUGCUUCAGCUCACGGACCCAUCCAUGGCCGGCACAACCUUACAAGCUCAUAUUUUCCGACCCCAACAAGAAGCGCUCCCAUCACUGGCAGACGGUGAAGCGAUCCUCCUCCAGAACUUCCGGCCCCAACUCUUCCACCACUCGGUAACGCUCGUAAACACCGACACAAGUUCAUGGGCUGUUCUCAAAUCCGCAGACGGAACACAACUAAACGCCCCGCAGAUCGACCCCACCAGCGCCGAAAUGAGCUACGCAACCAAACUCCACAAGUGGUACCGCGAAAUCGGCACGGCAAUGGUCGCAGACAACCAGCUCCAAGCCUCCAUCGGCCAAGCCAGUCGCGAAGAGACACCCGAGAGCAACGUCGCAUUCAGCGACCAAGGCAGCGUCUGUUCCCCGUCGCGCGAGUUUCGCAGUACGUCUUCUUCGGUGUCGCAGCGGAGCUCGAGGCGGCGGAAGUCGCAUCGGAGAAUUACGAUCCAUGAGUUGCGGGAUGGGAGGAUGUAUACGGAGGUUGGGUCGCCUAGUGGAAGGGGGAGUAUACAUGAGUUGAGGGAUGGGACUGUGUAUGCGAAUCUAUGACCGUCUUCUAGAGUUAUCAGUUGAAUCAAUGUGCAUGAUAUCUCGAUUCUGGGUUGCAAAUCUUUUGGAAUACUCUCUGAUCAUAGUGCCCGUUCC